CAAAUAUGGCGGACGCUGGGAAAGUAUUUGUCACUGUGGGAACAACGAGUUUUGAUCGCUUAAUUGAAACAGUCUCUAGCAAAGCAUUUCUUGAGCUGUUUGAAAAACUAGGCUAUGGUUCUGUCGUUCUACAAAUAGGAAGAGGUGUUUUUGAACCAGAGAUCAUAGAUAAGAAGAAUUUAUCAAUGCAAUACUACCGAUAUAAAGAUUCAAUAGCAGAAGAUAUACAAAGCGCUUCACUUGUGAUCAGUCAUGCUGGGGCUGGAAGUGUUUUAGAAACUUUACAAGCAGGCCGACCACUAAUUGUUGUAAUAAAUGAACUUCUGAUGGAUAAUCACCAGUUGGAGUUAGCAAGUCAACUUGCUGAAGAUGGUCAUUUAUCUUAUGCUACCUGUGGCACUCUAGAAUCGAUCAUUAGAGAACAGAAUUUUUCCAAACUGAAGCACUUUCCUUCUGGCAAACCUGAAUUGUUUUCGAUGUUCUUGGACAAGGUCAUGGGAUUUGAUGAUUCCUGACAAAGUGCUUCCGUGGAAAAUACCCAGUGGCACUGUGAAAACCAAUUAAUGGUUUCUCUAGGAAUUGAUGCUUGUAAUGAUUGAAUCAGUUGUGAGUUGUUGUCCAUUGUCACUCGAAGGAAUUGAAGAAAAUGUUCGACAAUUUUUAAAAACAUGUUUUGACAGUUCCUCUUUCAUCUUCAGUUCUGAUUGAUACAAAAUACAAAGUUGAAUUUAAAGUGUAUAACAAAAUGCUCAUUGGACAAAACACAAUAGAAACAAAACAAUGUAACUAUACAAUUACAAGGAAAGUUUGAAAUUAACAUGAUAA